UGAAGACCACUCAGAGUCACAAGUCCAACUAUAAAUCCACUAACUCUCAUUAAUUAAACCCCAUCCAUCAUUCAAUCCCAAAUAAACCAGCAAGAAAUCCGCAACUAUCCAUGGAAGCCUUGUAUCUCUACCUUCCACUUUUCCUAGCAUUAUACAUCUUCACCAAGCACUUCCUCAACAAAAUCCGAAACCUUCCACCUAGUCCCAUCCUUAAUCUCCCCGUCCUCGGCCACCUCCUCCUCGUCAAGAAGCCUCUUCACCGAGGCCUAGCCAAGAUUUCCGACCGUCAUGGCCCGGUCCUCCUCCUGGAAUUCGGCUCACGCCCAGUCCUCCUUGUCUCCUCCCCUUCCGCAGCCGAAGAAUGCCUCAACAAGCACGACAUCGUUUUCGCCAACCGCCCGCGUCUGCUGGCUGGAAAACAUCUGGGAUACAAUUAUACCUCAAUGGCAUGGACGUCCUACGGGGAUCACUGGAGAAAUCUACGGCGGAUAGCUUCACUGGAGAUCUUAUCUUCCCACAGGCUUCAAACGCUUCACGGGAUACGUGUUGAUGAAGUAAAAUUGAUGCUGAAAAGGCUGCUUUCAGCUUCAGAAAACAAGAAAAGCGUGGAUAUGAAGGCCCUUUUCUUUGAGCUGAUGUUGAACGUGAUGAUGAGGAUGAUUGCUGGGAAGAGGUACUAUGGGGAGAAUGUUGGGGAAGUUGAGGAGGCUAAGAGGUUCAGGGAGAUUGUAGAGGAGACGAUGAGAAUUGGUGGAGCUUCGAAUAUGGGAGAUUUCUUGCCGGUUUUGAGGUGGUUAAAAGUGGGAAAGACGGAGAAGGCCUUGAGGGUUUUGCAGGAGAAUAGGGAUCAAUUCAUGCAGGAGUUGAUCAAGGGAUUUAGGAGUGCAAAAGAUGCAGAAAAUGGUGGCGGCGAUGCAGGGGAAACAGGGGAAAAGAAGAAAACGCUGAUUGAAGUUUUGUUGACCCUGCAACAGAAGGAACCUGAGUAUUACAAGGAUGAAAUCAUUAGAAGCCUUAUGCUGGUUUUACUAGCAGCAGGUACCGAUACAUCAGUGGGAACUAUGGAGUGGGCAUUGUCACUAAUGCUGAACAAUCCAUCAACUUUGGAGAAGGCACAAGCAGAAAUUGACAGAAUCAUAGGAAAAGAACGUUUAUUAGAUGAAUCAGAUGUGCCUAAUCUACCCUAUCUCCGGUGCAUAAUUAGUGAAACAUUGAGGAUGUUUCCAGCAGGGCCUUUAUUAAUUCCCCACGAAUCCUCCGAGGAAUGUGUGGUUGGGGGUUACCGUGUCCCUGGGGGGACAAUGUUGAUGGUCAAUUUGUGGGCUAUCCAAAAUGAUUCCAAGAAUUGGGAGGAUCCAAGAAAAUUCAAGCCUGAAAGAUUUGAAGGGCUUGAAGGGACCAGAGAUGGCUACAAAUUAAUGCCAUUUGGUUCUGGUAGAAGAGGUUGUCCUGGGGAGGGAUUGGCCAUGCGCAUGGUUGGAUUUGCUUUGGGAUCAAUUAUUCAGUGCUUUGAUUGGAGCAGAAUCAGCGAGGAGACGGUAGAUUUAGCUGAGGGGCCUGGACUGACUAUGCCUAAAGCUCAACCCUUAGUCGCCAACUGUCAAGCACGACCUGGAAUGAUCAGUCUUCUUUCUCAAAUUUAGACUGCGACGAGGAUGUAUCUUGACUCUUGAGAAAGGGUGGGCACUAUUUUCCGCGUCUAAUUCUUGUUUGAAGAAAAAAUAUGUACUAGUAAAAAAAAUUCUUGUUUUAUAUAUUUCGCUUGUUUCUUUAAGGGAAAAAAAUGAUGGAGUAAUUUACUUUA